ACAAAAAUGUCGCAGGUAGUAAUAUAUCGCCGUAGUCGCCGAUGUGGCUCGCAGUUCCGGUUUUCAUUCGAUCGUAGGUAUGAUUAGAUUAGAUUAAAGUAACAUAGGUAAUAAAACGAAAAUAAAGUUCAGUAUACAUAUUAGUGUGUAAUCUGCAACCGUAACAGAAACUCUAUAAUAUAAUAUAAUCUGUACGUUAUGGCAUUUGAGUAUAUAAUAAACCAAAAAAAUGGAAAAUUACUGAAUUUUAAUUCUUUUUUAUACAAGAAAGAAAGAGAAAACGAAAAUAAAAUUAUUUGGAAGUGCGUAGAGUAUAAUGCAAAGAAAUGUCGCGGUCGAUUACAUUCAUCUGGACAAAGUGUAGUUCAUACUACUGAACAUAACCAUGUGGCCGAUAUUGCAAAAGUUGAAGCUAAAGAAGCAAUGGCAAGACUUAAAAAUAUUGCAAAAACUACUCAACUUAGUACCCAUUCUGUAUUAGGAACACUGACAUUACAGACCACUUCCAACAUAGCUGGACAAUUUCCGAGUACAACAGGAUUAAAACGAACAAUUCAACGAGUUAGAAAAAUAGAAACCUGCCGGAGAGCGAGAAGAGCCCCUUUAUUUUCUAUAAAUGUAUGGAAUUGUUAUGCAUUAUUAAAGUAUGAUAUUCCACGAACUAACAAUUCAGUCGAGGGUUGGCAUAAUUGUUUUAGUUCAAUGUUAAGUUCUCGUCAUCAAUCUAUUUGGAUUUUUAUCAAUUCACUGAAAAAAGAAGAAAGCUUAAACCGUCUAAAAGUUGAACAGUAUAUUGCUGGCAUCAAACCUCCGAAAAAGAAAAAAUACAAAGAUUCUGCAAUUCGACUUAAAGCCAUUUGUGAUGAUUAUGAAAAUCGAUCAAUUGACGACUACCUGCGUGGAAUUUCGUAUAACUUCCAAUAUCAAUUGACAUAA